UCACGCUUAUAUUCAAGUUCACAUAAGAAGUUACCUCCUUCUGCACUCUCUCGGGUCCACAGCAGGGCUCAAGACCAACCCAUAGCAGGCUUACCUAACGACAGCACAUCAAAAUGUCAGAGAAGCUUCCAUUCAAAGUUGCUGACAUCAGCCUGGCUGAGUGGGGACGUAAAGCCAUCGACAUAGCCGAGAAUGAGAUGCCGGGUCUGAUGAAGAUGAGGGAGCUCUAUGGCCAGACCAAACCCCUGAAGGGCUCUCGCAUCGCAGGCUGCCUGCACAUGACUCUACAGACCGCUGUGCUCAUUGAAACCCUGACCGCCCUCGGAGCUGAGGUCCAGUGGUCCAGCUGUAACAUCUUCUCUACGCAGGAUCACGCAGCAGCAGCCAUUGCUAAAUCUGGCGUUCCAGUGUUUGCCUGGAAGGGAGAGACCGAUGAAGAGUAUGUGUGGUGCAUAGAGCAGACCAUCUACUUCAAGGAUGGUCAGCCUCUCAACAUGAUCCUGGACGACGGUGGAGACCUGACCAAUUUGGUGCACACGAAAUACCCCAAACUGCUUGCAGGAAUCAAGGGCAUCUCUGAGGAGACCACCACAGGAGUUCACAACCUCUACAAGAUGUUGAAGAAAGGGGAACUGAAAGUUCCUGCCAUCAAUGUCAACGACUCCGUUACCAAGAGUAAGUUUGACAACCUGUACGGCUGCCGUGAGUCUUUGAUUGACGGCAUCAAGCGUGCCACAGAUGUGAUGAUUGCCGGUAAGGUGGCAGUGGUAGCCGGGUACGGUGACGUCGGUAAGGGCUGCGUUCAAGCCCUGCGAGGGUUCGGUGCCAGAGUCAUCGUCACUGAGAUCGAUCCCAUCAAUGCUCUGCAGGCGGCUAUGGAGGGCUAUGAGGUGACCACCAUGGAUGAGGCCUGCAAAGAAGGAAACAUCUUUGUGACCACCACUGGCUGUGAGGACAUUAUCUUUGGCAGACACUUUGAGCAGAUGAAGGAUGAUGCUAUUGUCUGCAACAUUGGCCACUUUGACUGUGAGAUUGACAUGAAGUGGCUCAAUGAACAUGCAGCGAAGAAAAUCAACAUCAAACCUCAGGUUGACCGUUUUCGCAUGAAAAAUGGCCGCCACAUCAUCGUUUUGGCUGAGGGGCGUCUGGUCAACCUGGGCUGUGCCAUGGGCCAUCCGAGCUUUGUGAUGAGCAACUCAUUCACCAACCAGGUCCUUGCCCAGAUUGAGCUGUGGACCAACACCAGCAAAUACCCACUGGGUGUUUACUUCCUGCCAAAGAAGCUGGAUGAGGAGGUGGCUGCCGCACACUUGGACAAGCUUGGCGUCAAACUGACUAAACUGACAGAGAAGCAAGCCAAAUAUUUGGGUCUGCCCUGUGACGGUCCCUUCAAAGCGGACCACUACCGCUACUAAGUAGCUUUGACCAAUCGCAGCUUCAGCUGUGGAUGAGGACGGACUACACUAUCAUUAGCAGCUGUGCCAGUUACCUUUACGGCCAUAAUAGUGCUUAAUCGUGUCUCACUCUCAUCACGAGUGCCUGCGAGCUCUCCCCAACACCUUUUUGCAUUGAUAUCGAGUGCAACGCUAACUUGUGAACACAUUGUCACUUGCUCGUUUGCAUUCCCUGUUUUAUUAUACGGUUAUGUUAAAACACAAUUCUUCCAUUUAGGUCAGUUAUUUGAUGCCCCUCAAUAAAUGAACAUGCUGGGACGGUUUGGUUCUUCCAUGUCUUACUUUGAAGUGAUUCCAGUUUGUUAGGUAACUAUUAAUAGAGCGAGGCUUGCCCGCUUAGGCCAUGCAUACUUUUGUAAACCCAUCAAAGUAAUGACACUAUGGAAAAAAGUAUCAUUUCUCUGUUAGCAGGCUGUGAGUUUGAGUGGGUCUGGGUAGCUUGUCCUGUUUUAUUACAUCCACUCGUGAAGACCUGAUGAAAUAAAUGUGGUGUUUGACUGUAA